GGAGGAUAGGCAUAGCAUGCCCGUCGUCAGAUGCUUCCUGUCCUCCUCAUCACCAUCCUCAUUAUCUUGCCAUUUGCCGUCCUUGGCUCAAGAGGUGUGAAGGCAGAAGUCUUGCGCGUUCAGCUUGGCAUCCGCGCCGCAGCAGCCAUGCCGGAGACGCUGGAGAUCAGCAAGGAGGCGAAGUCGGGCAACGGUACCCUCGAGAACGUUGGGAUCAAGCUGGAUGGCCAGUUCAAGUGCCCGCACUGCAGGCAGGCCUUCUCGGACGACAAGGCUCGGCAGCUCCACCUGAAGUUCCAGUGUCCCACGGCCAUCGCCAAGCAGAUCAACCCGAUCGGUGACUAGGUUCUGAGAGCGAAUCGGGUGACCACACUCUGAUCUGCGAUCGGAGACUUGGCUCCAGUGGCACCGUCUGCUUGCUAAAGCAGAAUUAUCUUCGAGAGGUAGUGGGGCGGGCUUUUUGGUAGAAGGGGAGGUCGAGCUAGUCAAGAUUUGAUUCGGCUCCCCGGCGGUGCCAGCUCAAAUAUUCUCUUGACAGUAAGCUACGAA